AACUCACACCUGCCACAAGAUUUAAGAAGCUUCAUCAGUAAACACAUUCCCCAUUGAAAAGAUUUCGUUUGUACUUAAGUUCCAAACAUCAUGCCCAUCGUCGUCACUCUGAAGAAUCUCCUGGAAGACCAUUUCAUUCCCGAAGCAAAACUUAUGUUAAUAACCUUACUCACAUGUCUUCUUUUAUUAGGUUUCUUCAUCACCAAAAGAACUUCACGUUCACAAGGAGUUUACUUAUUAGAUUUCGCAUGCUACAAGCCUCCAGAUGCUCAGAAGGCCACAAAUCAGUUCUGGGUCAAGAAAGUAGAGCACAUGGGAAUUUACUCAGAAGACACGAUGACUUUUAUCAGGAAGGGUUUUCGCAAGUCAGGACUCGGUGACUCAACCUAUUUUGCAGAGGUCUACCUGAAACAAGAUUUUGAUCCGUGCUUGAAAGAAACCAGAAGGGAAAUGGAGAUGACUGUUUUUGGAUCAAUAGACAUGUUGUUGGCUAAAACAGGUGUACAGUGUGAGGACAUUGGGAUACUGGUUGUGAAUUGUAGUAUUUAUAACACUAUGCCAUCACUUUCUAGCAUGAUUGUGAACAGAUAUAAGCUUAAAGAAGGAAUCAUCAGCUACAAUCUUGUUGGCAUGGGAUGCACUUCAGGACUCAUCGCAAUCGGCCUUGCACAAAACCUCCUCCAGGUGCAUCGUGAUUCCUAUGCUUUAGUGAUGAGCACAGAGGGCAUAACCGAGAACGGCUACCUUGGAGACAAUCGAUCCAUGAUGAUUACCAACGGCCUAUUCCGCGUCGGCGGAGCGGCGAUCCUCCUCUCAAACCGUCCCUCCGAUCAUCACAACUGCAAAUACAAACUCCUCCACACGGUACACACCAACGGAUCGAGUUCCAACCCUUCGUACAACUGCAUCUUUCAGGAAGAAGACGAAGCCGGGAUAAGAGGCGUCACCAUUACCAAAGACCUUUUCAAGGUCGCAUCCACCGUCAUCAGAUCAAACGUAACCACGCUAGGUAAACUAAUCCUACCGUUAUCAGAGAAACUCAGGUACCUAACAAACAGCAUCACAAGAAAACUCCGGCCAACGGCGAAUAUCCAACCUUACAUACCAAAUUACAGCAAAUCCGCCAAACACUUCCUCCCGCAUGUCGGCGGGAAGCCUAUGCUUGACAAAUUACAGGAAAACCUAGGGUUUGAUGAGACCGCCAUGGAACCUUCUAGAAUGACGCUGUACAGGUUCGGCAACACCGGCAGCAGCUCCAUUUGGUACGAGCUGGCGUACGCAGAGGCAAAGGGUCGGGUCAAAAAAGGGAAUCGGGUGUGGCAGAUUGCAUUCGGGUCGGGGUUUAAAUGUAGCAGUGUGGUGUGGCGUGCAAUGAGGACCGUUGGUUAUGAUGAGAUGAAUCCUUGGACGAACGAGAUUGAUGGGUUCCCAGUUAACGUGGAGUGCGGUGAUGGACCAUUACCCAUCUUUUUUGAACCCUCAAAAUAAUACUGUGUUAUACAAUAAAGAUUGUAUUAUUAUUAUUAUUUUAUGGUGAUG